AUGAUGACUGGAGGUUUUUCAGAGACCAAACCUGCUACUCCAGAAGUCCAGCAUAUUACUGAUGAGGUGAAGCCUCAAUUUGAAAUGAAGGUAAACAAGAUCUGUGAUGUAUUUCAGGCUCUACUGUAUAGGACCCAGGUAGUUGCUGGGACUAACUACCUUAUUAAGGUCCAAGCUGCUAAAGAAGAAUAUGUCCACUUAAAGGUGUUCCAGGCCCUUCCUUUUGAGAACCAAGGCCCUAAGCUUGAAGCUUUUCAGACUGGCAAGACCAGAGAUGAUCCUCUGACCUACUUCUGA